AUGACAGUCCACAGGCUCAAAGCACUAGCACUGAUACUCUGGCUCCAAACCAUUGGCGUCUGCUCCGUGGUCACCAACCUGCCUGAGGUUCCGCACGGCGUCUUCAACGUCAGCACCCGCAUUGAGAUCCGUGGCACCAAGCAUGCCGCCUGGACGGCCCUGACCGACUUCCCCAACUAUCCAGAAUGGAACCCAUUCGUGCGUGCUUCGAUCAUGGUCUCCUCCGAAAACGCUACCCUCCGAGACCAGUAUCCGAAGGAAGGUCGCCGUCUGUUCCUGCGCACUCAGAUACCUGCCCUGCCGCUGCCGGUCAACAGACAAACUCCAGACAUCAAAGCCAAUGUACAGUACAGCUACGAGAACGUCACACACGUCCAGCGCAAGCAAGGACGUCUCGCCUGGGAUUUCACACCUGAUCCAAACCUACAAGUCGACCUGCAGUCAGAGCGCUGGUCAGCCGUCAGCGACAUUGGCCACGGCAAGGUGCUCUACGAGAGUAGGGAAGUCUUCCACGGUGCAACCGCAGAGUAUCUGAAGGGUCAGAUCGGCGAGGCUCUGCAGGCAUGUUUCGAUGCCCAGGCCCAAGCCCUGAAGGGUUUACUCGAACAAUGUGACAAGUAA